AUGUCUCUUGAGAACGCUGUGCGGGUUGUUUCUACUGAUGAAAAGGGCAAUCAGGCGUCAUCAACAAAAUUGAUUGAGCUGCUGCAUAGCCGUGUCGAUGCGCUGACGACAACUAACAUUGAGCUGACUACUAAGUUGCAGGAACUACUUGGUAAUCUAGACACUGUACAACAGCGGGAGAGGAAAUUGAAGGAGAGUGCUGCGUCUUUGCGGCAUGAAGGAGAUAAUGUAACGCUAAUGCUCAAUAGAAAGGAGAGGAAACUGACAGAAGUGAAGGAGGCUAUUGUGGAAUUAACCACUAAAUUGGGUGAAGCAAAAGAAGUUAACCACUCUUUGAAACAGAAAUUUGAAGAUGAGGGUUUAACUAGUGAGGAAUCGUUGCGUGAAAGUAUCUCCGAAGUAAAAACAGAGUAUGACACUUUAGUGAAAUCUCAUGAGAUAUAUGAAUCCAGUAAUGACAUUCAAUGCAAGUCCUUAGAAGACCGUUUUUCACAGGCCUUGCUGAUACAUGGUGAAAAUAUGAAAGCGCUAGAUGGUACAGCGGAACAAAUUUUGGCUAAUAAUAGUGAGCUGGUAUCGCAGUUAAGGGCAACUGAAAAUAAAGCAGAAUCAGCCAGGACUUCUAUUCGUAAUGCAUCGAUUGAUACAGCAGCAAAAGUUGAUUUGGAAAAAUGGCUAUUCUUAUACAAAGAGGCGCAAAGAAUAUGUGAAGAAUUUGCUUCAAAAACAGAUACGAAACUACCAGAUGAACUGCAAGCCAUCAUUGAUGAUCCGGUAUUAAAGGAGUUGGAUGCACGUUUUGCAUUGGAUGAAAUACAAUACGGAAAGACAAGGAAUAAGAGGAUACCAAGUAACCCAUUGUUAAGCAACUCUCAAGCUGCAGCGAGAAGGGUUGCCUCACCCUCGGCAAAUUACUCACCAAGAGUUUCUUCUGCACAAGGUAGUUUGCCUGGUAUAACAAGAACGCCUUCAAUGAAGGUUAAUAACAAAUUUAGUGAUUCAAAUGCCCAAGAAGUCCCAACAAGACUACAUUCGCAUGGCUCAAGAAGCAAGCGUAGCAGUAUGGUUUUCAAGUGA